AUAUCAAAAGCUGGAUUCCAUACUGGUGUAUCCUGCGUGGCGAUAGCAACUCCUAGAAAAUUGUGGAUUACUGUGGAAAUACAUUUGAUCCACGCAGUUGACCAGAGUGCACAAGCCACACCCCGAAUGCUACAAAAGCAAACAUGCCAAAUGAAUUCCAAUGGGACCCUUUGCCGUGGAGCGCCAACUGAUGAAAUUUUAAAGCAAAGAACGCUUCUAAUGGAUUUCCAAUAAAUCAG